AUGGGUCUAUUCAAUUCCGCGCCGCGGGUGUUUCUCGCUGCCACGGCUCUUCGCUUGGUACUCCUGGUCUACGGGGGCUGGCAAGACGCACACUCCGCCGUGAAAUACACCGACAUCGACUACAUGGUUUUCACUGAUGCAGCACGCUACGUUGCCAAUGGAAAGUCACCUUACAUGCGUGACACCUAUCGCUACACGCCGCUUCUGGCGUGGAUGCUGGUCCCCACCGCAUGGGAAGCUCCCGCGCCGUGGUCAACGCUCACUUUCGCCUUCGGAAAAGCACUGUUUGCACUGUCCGACAUCCUAGCUGGGUGGCUUGUGGUGCAGCUUCUAACUCGAUGCUAUCGGUUUCCAACGGAGCGCGCGCUACGCUACGUUGCUGCUGUGUGGCUAUGGAAUCCCAUGGUGGCCAAUAUCAGUACACGGGGUAGCUCGGAAGGGCUGCUUGGCGUGCUUGUUGCGGCUCUAUUGUGGGCAACGUUGACAAAGAAUCCAAUCUUGGCUGGUCUCAUCUUGGGGCUUGCUGUGCACUUCAAGAUCUAUCCGUUCAUCUAUGGCGUGUCAAUUCUUUGGUGGUGGGACGCAGAGCGCGAUGGCUCCUCUUCUAUUGAAGCCGGUCUGCUUUCCAAAGCUCUAAGAUUCGUAACUCCCUCCCGGGUGAAAUUCGUCGUUGCAGCACUCGCUAGCUUCGUGGCCUUGAACACCGUCAUGUAUCUCCAAUAUGGCCAGCCGUUCCUUCAGCACACAUUCCUUCACCAUCUGACCCGCAUCGACCACCGCCACAAUUUCUCGCCAUACAGCACAUUACUAUACCUGUCUGCCGCGGGCGGUGCCGAGACUCGUUUCGAGGCGUUGGCCUUCAUUCCUCAAAUUGCUUUGGUGGUCCUCGCUCUUCCUCUUGUCUUAGCGAAGAAGAGCUUGACAACCACCAUGCUGGCGCAGACUUUCGCUUUUGUCACUUUUAACAAAGUCUGCACGAGCCAAUACUUCCUGUGGUACCUCGUACUCCUACCGUUCUAUCUUCCCUCUUCCUCACUCAUUGGGAAGCCCAAGAUGGGCAUUUCCGCAGCAAUUCUUUGGAUUCUUGGUCAGGCGUUAUGGCUGCACCAAGGCUACAACCUCGAGUUUUUAGGGCGGCCCUCCUUUGUCCCCGGCUUAUACCUCGCUGGUUUGUUCUUCUUUUGCGUGAAUGUGUGGAUCCUGGGCAUCAUCGUACAAGAUGGAAGCCAAUCAGUCGAAGAAAGCGAACUGGUCCAGAAGUCGAAGUCACCGUGA